CGACCCCUGUGUUGUCGCGACCGCACCGUCGUCGGCGUGCUGCUGCAACUGCGAUUCUUGUGAUGUUGUCUGUGUAGAAGAGACCCCCACGAAGGACGAAUUGUGUUGUUAGACAUUGUCGGUGGUGCCACCCGUGAGGAGAGAUGGACUUUCAAAGCGCGAUGGAGACGUUCGCCGAAGCCUGGGUUGCGGCCAACACGAAAGGCGGGCCGCUUGGCGACGUCGGCUGCUCACAGAACCAGGCCAUAGCGCUGACCCGGGGCUGUAAGACGCCGCCGUCGCCACCCCCGCAGCAGCCCCCGCCGCCCCCGCCGCCGGCGCUGCGCCUGUCGGCCGAGCCGCCCCCGGGCGCGAGAUCACCACCCCCGCCGUCAUCCACCCCCCAGCAGGACCCGCUCCUGCUGGCCAACCCCAAAGACGAGUACGAUGUCACCAAAGGAGGAUCUGGAAUAAGGAUGUUAAGGAGAAGGCGAAGGCUAAAAGAAGAAAGUGAAGGAAAAGACAAAAAAGAAGUAAAUAAAGGAUUUUUCACAUCCCCUCCUCCGCUCCCUCCUCUUCCUUUCCUCCUCCCUUUCCUCUUCUUUAUCCUGUGCGCCCGUCGCCGGGAUGUGCUCGUCGGAGUCGUCUGCGCCGUGGAGCUCGCGGGCGCGGGGCCCGGGCGUCUGGAGUGGCGACGACGCCGUCGCCGUCGCCGUCGUGGCGCACAGCCUCAGCAGCGAAUGUUCCGCUCCGCCUGGUACCGUUGCAGCUACUCCACGUGCAGUAUGCACCGUUGUAUCUCUGAGUGGUUCACGAAGGGACUGUACUGCGAAUAUUUAACAAUUAACUUUUGUUUUAUGAGUGAAAACGCCGUGGCGGCGCUGGGCGGCGACGGCAAGCUGGGCUGGAAGCGCCGGCCCGUCGUGGAGACGGACUCCUACGUCAUCAUCCCCGCCAACACCGCCUUCCAUGACCUGGUGGCGGUGGCCCUGGCGCGCCUCGGCUACCCCACGGACAGCGCCAGCGCCGCCAAGGGAUCUGUUGUAAUAAAAAACUGGAAGCCACUCAACUUCGACAAAAUAACGGACGGCGCGCAGGCAACAGUUGAAGACAUCCUAGGUGAAUUGACGACAGUGGCGACAUUACGAAUUGAGCUUUACCGGGCGCGGCCCAGCGUGCUAAACGACAUCAAAGACAAGCUGCUGCGCCUGCUGCUGCUGCAGUCGCACGGGCUGCUGCUCAGCGCCGGCUGCCCGCUCGACGAGGAUAUUUGA